CUUAUUUAAAAGAAUCUCAGUAAUUUUGGAGGGUAGGAAAUCUCCAUAAAGAGCAUUGUGAAUUGGAUUAAUCAGUAGGUAGUAUAGAUAAAUAAGUACAUAUAUAAAUAUAGAAAAAGUAAUUCAUCUUAGUUUGCCAAUGGUUGAUUUGUGGAUUUUAGUAAUUCUGAAAGUGCUAAUAGACUUUUUUUAUUGGAAGUCCAUUUCACCAAAAUCUAAUUUCCUUUGUACGCAUUGCAUCUCAGCAUCGCUGAAUGUUUUUUAGAAUUUGUCCGCGAAUGGUAAACUUUGCAUGUAUGUUGUUUUGCUUGAUGAUUUUGGAGGUGUGAAAGACAUUUUGUAAACAAUAAUUUUUAUUAUUAAAAAUAUUAUUAUUAUUUUUAAUGCAUAUAUGUAUAAACUACUUUUAUUUUUCCUACUAUUUUAUUCACUUAUCACAUAAAAAUUUAAUUUUGUUUAAGCUCAUUAAAAUUAUACGUUGUAUGUUUAAAUUCAAAUUAAAUUAAUUAUGAACAAUAAAGGCAUGUUUAAGCACAGGGACACCAACACUUUUUUAACCAACCAUCCAGCUGCAGAAAAACAAAAGAAAAAACCAUUUGAAUAUUUGAAUCUGUCCUAUUCCAAGCAAUUUGAUGGUUCGCCCAUGAAGAAGCAACCUUACACAUCGAAAGCCAAUGAAAAUUAAUGCAAAAGUCAAUAAGAACCUUCGUUUCCAAGACAAAACACUCUUCCCAAUUAUGAACCAACAAGAUGUUCUAGCCUUAAAAAUGGAAUCAUCAAAGCUUAUGCAGCAAACACAAAUUAAGGAUUAGUGAGAGAUUACAAUGAAGAUAGAGUCUCAAUCAUACUAAACAUCAUUAAACCCUAAAGCAGAGAAAAUGAACCAUGGCCCAAAUGUUCCUACUUUGGAGUCUACGACGGACAUGGUGGUUCAGCAUGCGCAGACUUUUUGCGAGACAACUUGCAUUAAUUUGUAGUGAAGGAACCAGACUUUCCCUGGAAUCCGAUCAACGCUAUAACAAAAGGAUUUGAAGCAGCAGAAAAAUGCUUCUUACAAAUGGCCCAAGAUUCAUUCAAUAAUGGCAUUCCCGAAAGAAGUGGGUCAUGUGCAAUUGUCAUAUUGAUGAUUGGAGAUUCUUGUUAUGUAGCAAAUGUAGGCGAUAGCAGAGCAAUAUUGAGUGCAGAAAGUGGGAAAAAGGUAAUUGAUCUUUCAAAAGAUCACAAGCCAGAAUUAGAGAGGGAUAGAAUUAUCAAAGGAGGAGGGCAGGUUUAUCAAACGCAUGGUGUAAACGGAGAAGGCUUACCAAUUUUAGGACCUAUGAGAGUGAACCCUGGAAGAUUAUCUGUUUCAAGAACUUUUGGAGAUAUCGAAGCCAAAUUAGAAAAAUUUGGUGGGAAUCCAAAGAUUGUCAUAGCUGAACCAGAAAUCAAACAUCUUAAGAUAGUUAAUGAUCACGAUUUUAUUGUUCUCGGAAGUAACAUUGACAUAUGUAAUAGUAGGUGAUGGGAUAUUUGAUACGAUGAGUUCAAAGGAUGUGAUUACUUAGAUUUGGAAGGAUGUUCAACAGAAUCAAAUUACGAAUGAUCUACAUAAUAUGAUGUCAAAUGCAGUGGAGUCAGUAAUAAAGGAAAGUUUAUUGCGUAAGACUACUGAUAAUGUGACUUUGUUAAUUAUAGCCUUUUCAGUCACUCCUUAGAGAGAGUAAGAAGCGAGGGUUAAGACAAUGUCAUAUAUUGAUAAACUAGUUAAUUUUCCAUAAAGUAACAACUCGACUAAUUCAAGAACUAGGUAUGAGUGUGUAUUUUAAUGAUUAUAGAAAGUAAAAUGAUGAAAAUAAUCCAUUUUUCAUGAAUGCUCAAAAAUUGAAAUAAAAUCCAAAGUUAAUGAAAAGCAAUUUUGAAGAUCAUUUUCAGUAUCGUUUAAUCGGUUGA